AUGUAUGAUAUUACGUUGUCUCCCGAUGAUGCUCGACGUGCUGCUUCAGAUAUUACUUUUGCUACAUCUCUCUUAAGUGCAGCAAUUUUACAGCAAAAUCAAGAAAAUAACAUACAAACUGUAGCUAAUGAAAUUGCAACAACUGCAGUAGAUAAUAAUUUGUCAAUGGAUGGGAGUGAAGAAGGGUCUUUAUAUCGAUGGACUGAUACAUGUGUUAUCUUUUUAUUACGAACGUAUCAAGAAAUGGAAAAAAAAUUUACUAGCGGAAAGAUUUCACACAAGAAGUGUUGGGAACAGAUUGCGAAAAUUAUGAAAGAUAAAGGAUAUAAUAUAACAGGCCCUCAAUGUUCCUCAAAAUUAAGAAGUUUAAAGAAGACAUACAAAUCAAUAAAAGAUCACAACGCCAAAUCUGGCAACGAACGACGAACUUGGCAGCAUUAUGAGAUUAUGGAAGAAAUAUUUUCCAAGAAAGCUUGGUGUAAUCCAAUAGCGCUUGCUUCGUCUACGGGAUUAUCUGUAAAGAAUACAGACAAUGAAAAUUCUACAGCUUCGUCAUCGGAGAUGUCAUAUACUAGUGAUCUUAGUCUGCUUAAUGAUGAUUUAGUAAAUAAAGAAAACAUUUCAAGUAAUACAAAAACUUCGCGACAGUCCACGACUGGUCUUCUUCAAAAAAGACUGGCUCAAAAAGAAACGCAUGAACAAAAGCGACAAAAACGCCAUGAACAAAAAAUGGAGAUGGAACAAAAAUUAAUUGAUACUCUUGCUCAAUAUUUGAAUAAGUGA